AUGUCUGAAAUCAUUCCAAUAGUUCAAAAAUCGAGAAAAUCGGAUAAAAAUACGUAUAAAUGGGACAAAUUGCUGCAUGAAUGCGAAAAACGAGACGCCACUUUUUUAUCAGUCGACGCCGUUAGAAAUAGUCUUCUGGAGAAUUUCGAUGAGCUCGUGGAGAACGGUGUAGCUUUUGAAUUCAAAAAUCGCGACUUUGACGAGCACCUCGAAGGAGGACUGGAGGCCAGAUGGUUCGCGAAAAUCAUUAAGGCUUGUGGGUACCGGGUUUUGGCGGAGUUCGUUGGGACCGAUGACAGAUUCUGGGUACAUAUGUUGUCGAAAGAAGUGCACUAUUUUGGAUACACAUCUGAAACGGACCCCAAAAAUGAAAAGUCGUUCUACAUGGUACCUAAAUCGAUUGCCUUGGAUAAUGAAGAGGAUAUAGACACUUUUGUUCAGAACACCAUCAACGAAUCCCUCAUCGGAAAACCAUGUCUAUCAUCCACUUUCAAAAAAGAAGUAGAUCAAAUCUCGGUCCAAAAAUUCCGCCCCGGUCAACGGCUCGAAUUGCUCAGCUACAAUAAUUCGCAAGAGAUUCGUGUAGCUCGGGUUCAGGAAGUGUGCGGACGACGAAUGAAUGUUUUGGUAGACCAAAAAGACUAUCCAAGAGAGUUAGAAGAACCGGAUGACGAUCGACAGGCUGGAAAUCCUGAUGCACAGUUUUGGAUCGAUCAAGGAAGCUUCUUUAUCUUCCCUGUGGGAUUUGCGGCGGUUAAUGAUUAUACGCUGAUUGCGAAGAAGGAUUAUGUUGAGCACACCAGCAAAAUCGCACGCGCCAUCUCAAAAGGAGAGGAGCCACCGUAUCACGAGAACGACAUCACUUUCGAGAUGCUCGCACGAGAGCCAAUAGACGCAGAGAAAUGGAGUAAACUGGAAGUUGGGCAGAAGUUCGAGCUGCUCGACCCACUUUCUCAGCAAUUCAAGGAUCUCCACGUGGCAUCGAUUUUGUCGUUUUGUCAGACGAAUGGAUACUUGAUCAUUGGCAUGGACGGACCACAGGCAAUGGAGGAAAGCUUCCCAAUCCACGUGGAUAACGUUUGUAUGUUUCCUGUCGGCUACGCGGAGAAGUAUGGAUUGACGUUGGCACCACCGGAUAACUUUAAGGGAGAUUUCAAUUGGGAGGAAUAUUUGAGAAAGGAGAAUGCGAUGGCAAUACCAUUGGAUAUGUUUAGACCAUGGCCUGAACAGGAGAGGAUGAAUAAGUUCGAGGUCGGUAUGCAUCUCGAGGCGGCUGACAUGUGUGAGAAUCAACUAAUCUGUCCGGCCACAAUCAAAUCCAUUCAUGGACGUCUUAUCAAUGUCAAUUUCGACGGAUGGGAUGAGGAAUACGAUGAGUUGUAUGAUAUUGACUCGCACGACAUCCUUCCCGUUGGCUGGUGCGAAUUCUACGGCUACAAACUACAAAAACCGAAGACUUAA